AUGACCGAAACUACUAUUGCAACCAAGACUUAUCAUCACUUGAGCCCUGAAGAAUACAGAGCACGCAAAGUUGCACUUGUUACUGGUAAAUUGACCUGUGUUACUGGUCAAGACGGUUCUUAUUUGACCGAGUUCUUGUUAGAAAAAGGCUAUGAAGUACAUGGUAUCAUUCGCCGUUCUUCCUCAUUCAAUACAGGUCGCAUUGAGCAUAUUUACAGAGACAGGCAUGAAACAGGCGUCAAGUUCUUCCUUCAUUAUGGUGAUUUGACUGACUCUACUUGUCUUGUUCAUAUUGUCUCUAAGGUACAACCUACUGAAAUUUACAACUUGGCAGCACAAUCCCAUGUCAAGGUUUCAUUUGAUAUGUCUGAAUACACAGGUGAUGUAGAUGCUCUUGGUACACUCCGUCUUUUGGAUGCCAUUCGUACCUGUGGUCUUUCUGACCGCGUUCGUUUCUAUCAAGCCUCUACUUCUGAACUCUACGGUAAAGUUGUUGAAACUCCUCAAAAAGAAACUACACCUUUCUACCCUCGUUCUCCCUACGGUGUUGCUAAGCUUUACGGUUACUGGAUUGUGGUAAAUUACCGUGAAUCUUAUGACAUGUAUACUUGUAAUGGUAUCUUAUUCAAUCACGAAUCCCCUCGUCGUGGCCGUACUUUUGUCACUCGUAAGAUUACCCGUGCUGUUGCAGACAUUCACUUGGGACGUCAAGAAUGUCUGUAUCUGGGUAACAUUGAUGCCAAGCGUGAUUGGGGCCACGCUCGUGAUUAUAUUGAAGGUAUGUGGCUCAUGCUUCAACAAGACAAGCCUGAAGAUUUUGUCUUGGCUACUGGUGAGACACACACAGUGAGAAGUUUCGUUGAAAAGGCCUUCAAGGUCACUGGCCGUACUAUUGUUUGGGAAGGUGAAGGCGUUAAUGAGAUCGGCAGAGAUAAAGACUCUGGCAAGGUGCGUGUUCGUAUUGAUCCCAAGUAUUUCCGUCCUGCUGAAGUUGACUUGUUGUUGGGUGAUCCUACCAAGGCGAACACAAAGUUGGGCUGGAAGCGCAAAGUUUCUUUUGAUGAACUGGUAAAUGAAAUGGUUGUUGCUGAUAUUGAGUCCAGUCUCAAGUCUUCUACAUUAAUAUAA